CAAAAAAGUGCAACUCUGCGGCGCUCGAAGGCGUUGGUUGUUCAUCUACCAAGAAAAUUCAUCGUCAUUUUGCAUGAGAAAAAAAAACGUCGAAUUUUUAAUUGUAAUACCUUUUAUACGAAACGAAUAACGGUAGACGCAUAAGAAUCAACAUAUUUGUGCCAUUUUGUAAGCAUUUUAAGUGUCGAAUUCGUACUGAGUGUUUGCAAAAAAAAUAUAUAUAUUUAAUUCUCGCGCAGUUUUCGCAAAUAAAUUAAACAGAACGCAUCGCAUCGCCGCCAACGUCGUCCGUCGUCGGUGUUUGCAUCUUUGCUACUCUCUGCUCUCUGCCAAUUCCAGAACCUCCAAUGACGACGAUUCGCAAGAAAUUGGUAAUUGUCGGCGAUGGUGCCUGCGGUAAAACUUGCCUUCUGAUCGUCUUCAGCAAAGACCAAUUCCCCGAGGUCUAUGUGCCCACCGUCUUCGAGAAUUAUGUCGCCGAUAUCGAAGUCGAUGGCAAACAGGUGGAGUUGGCCUUAUGGGAUACAGCUGGUCAGGAGGAUUAUGAUAGACUGCGACCGCUGAGUUAUCCCGACACUGAUGUUAUACUUAUGUGUUUCUCAGUGGAUUCACCCGAUUCGCUAGAAAAUAUUCCCGAAAAAUGGACGCCAGAGGUCAAACAUUUUUGUCCCAAUGUUCCAAUCAUUUUGGUAGGCAAUAAGAAAGAUUUGCGAAAUGAUCCUAACACAAUUCGGGAUCUGGCAAAGAUGAAGCAGGAGCCGGUUAAGCCGCAGGAGGGACGCGCUAUGGCUGAGAAGAUAAAUGCCUUUGCCUAUUUGGAAUGUUCGGCCAAGUCCAAGGAGGGUGUGCGAGAAGUUUUCGAGACAGCAACCAGGGCUGCACUGCAAGUUAAAAAGCGGAAGAAGCCCAAAUGCCUUUUGCUCUAAAAGAGCAAAUAACAAAAAAAAGAAUUCUAUACAUACACAAACACACACACCCAUGUACACACAUAUACACACUCACACACACCUUUUACGAGAAUAACAACAACAACUACUGCAAUCAGCUAGCAUGAUGCGGGAUCCGGCAACAAGCAGAAAGCAACGGCAGCAAUAACACCUAUAGCUACAGCCACAAACAAGCUACAACACACAACAACAACAAGAAUAUGAAGAUGAAACGGGCAAACAAAACAAAAACAACAAAAAAAGAAGAAGAAGGAAUGUCAAACGCGGAUUUGAUUUUAUAUACAGUCUAGAGUAGUUAUUAACCGAAGUAAACAACAAUAAUAAAUAUCGCAUUAUUAUUA